GGAGCCGCAUUGAGACUGGAGGUGCAAUCAGGCACAGAAUGGCUGUUUUAUAACUGGGAUCCUCGGUGACGUAUGGCUGCCUGCUCCCUGGCAGCUGUCUUUAUGGACCAGUAGGCAGAGCGAAAUUGACGUUGACAAGACUUUUGCAUCUUGGAAGGGACUGUGAUCUACUGUAGCGCAGAACAGAGCCUCUCAAUCAGACGGGUGUGAAUAGGAGACGGAGGGGAGUCCAAAAGAAAAGGAAGAGGAGGGAAAAAAAAAAGCGUGUGUUGGGGGGAGCAGGGGAAAAGGCAUUUUUGGUGGAUGGUGUGAAGCCAGCCAUGGAAACUGCAGCCGAGGAAAAUACUGAACAAAGCCACGAGAGAAAAGGCUGCUUCGAGUGUUGCAUCAAGUGUCUGGGAGGAGUCCCCUAUGCCUCCCUGGUGGCCACCAUCCUCUGCUUCUCUGGAGUCGCCUUGUUCUGCGGCUGUGGGCAUGUGGCUCUCGCGGGCACCGUGGCGAUUCUUGAGCAACACUUCUCCACCAACACCAGUGACCACGCCUUGCUGAGUGAAGUGAUACAACUGAUGCAGUAUGUCAUCUAUGGAAUUGCAUCCUUUUUCUUCUUGUAUGGGAUCAUUCUGUUGGCAGAAGGCUUUUACACCACCAGUGCAGUGAAAGAACUGCACGGUGAGUUUAAGACAACCGCCUGUGGCCGCUGCAUCAGUGGAAUGUUCGUUUUCCUCACCUACGUGCUUGGAGUGGCCUGGCUGGGCGUGUUUGGUUUCUCGGCGGUGCCCGUGUUUAUGUUCUACAACAUAUGGUCAACUUGUGAAGUCAUCAAGUCACCGCAGACCAACGGGACCACGGGUGUGGAGCAGAUCUGUGUGGAUAUCCGACAAUACGGUAUCAUUCCUUGGAAUGCUUUCCCAGGAAAAAUAUGUGGCUCCGCUCUAGAGAACAUCUGCAACACCAAUGAGUUCUACAUGUCCUAUCACCUGUUCAUCGUGGCCUGUGCGGGAGCUGGCGCCACCGUGAUUGCUCUGCUGAUCUACAUGAUGGCUACUACAUAUAACUAUGCGGUUUUGAAGUUUAAGAGUCGGGAAGAUUGCUGCACUAAAUUCUAAAUUGCAUAAGGCCAAUAAGGAGCUUUAGAGAGCUAUGAUCUGUAGCGUGAAAUAUCACUGACACUCCAGACUAAAGCAGAGUCUAGGUUUCUGCAGUUCUGUUACAGUAACUUGUAAAUAGCUUUAUGUAGUAAACUCAUUUUGCAUGGUAGAUUAAUAAGAUGACUUACUGUACAUGAAUUACAAAAUAAUGAGAUCUGGCUAUUUCCACAUUUUGAAAAGGAUUCAGUUAUUUACUGACAUUGGUGAGCAUCCUUUGAAAAAUAAUUUUCUUGAACUUAAACUUUGAGCAGUAUCUCUAAAUGAAGUAUUAACACUUUGGAAUACCCACAUUUCCCACUAUUUGUUUGAUAACUAAUUUUAAUGAUGAAAACAAAAACAAGUGUUGAUGAAAUGGAAGAGAACCAGUUUAAUCUGGAUUUUGUUUUGUCAGAUCCUUUCUGGAAAAUGUUACAAAUAUGUUCUAAAUUUGAUUUAAAACAUUUUUUUUCUGAUCACAUGGUAAAACUACCAAAUGCCCCUCAAAUAAGCCAGAAAAAAUUUGGCUUUGAAGAAAAAAGUCACCCAGUUGUUUUCUCUGAUAAAAAGAAUUUACAUGUGAGUUUUUUUUUUUUUUUUUUGCAAACACAAUCAUUCCUGUAGAGCCCACAAAACUGGUAACUUUAAAUUGUUGUGUUUUGUUGAGUAAUAACUGUUUCCUCAUAGCUAGUUCUCAAACUGCACAUAAGAUUUUAACAGGAAGAGAAACUAGGCUGGAUCUGAAGGUCUCAAAUAUGUUGAGAAGGAAGUAUGAACUAUAAGAACUUGAGAUGUAGAUUUACUUUGCAGGAGAAAUGAGGAAAAUAAACAGGAAAGAAAUGUUUGCCACAUCAACUGUAAAGAAUGAUAAUAAGGAUUUUUACAUUUUGUGAAAUGAAAUACUGGUAUUUACAAAAUGAAAAAUGUAGUUUCUCUACUAAGAGUUUGUUAACACAGAGACUGCAUGCUUUGCCUAUAGUUCUUAAUUUUGGUUUUGACAUUCAUUUAAUUUUUUCCAUGUUAAAUAUGUAGUUUUUUAAUUACUCAAAAUAAACAUUAUUCACACUUCUAGGCCUUUGGGGGAAUUGAUUUUUAUCCACAGGUAGAAAAGAUCUUUGCGAUACACUUAAAACAAAUACGUGUGUUUCUGCCCUGCAUUAGUCUUUAAAAUUACUAUCAGAAUGGUAAAAAAGCACCCUCUUAUAUUUCAUUUUUGCUUUUUCUUAACAAUACCUUUGGCCAUUUUUUUCCAGUUCAUUGUAUACUAACUUUUCUUCAGCCUUUUAAUGCGAAACCAAUUAGAGUAUGCUUUCAGUAUCUGAUAGCUCUGCUAGCAGAACAAGUAUUAAUACAGAAUAACCCCGCCCCCUUUAAAGUCAAGUCUGUCUAAUCUGACUAGCACCUCGCUUUGCCUUCUCACAUGCUCACUAGCCAUCAUGCUCACCCUUCUCUUCCAGAUCCACUUCCUCAUGAUACUGUCUUCUAACUGGGCUUACUUAAAGGAUGCGAGCAAAAUGCAGGCUUACCAAGAUAUCAAAGCAAAGGAGGAACAGGAACUGCAAGAUAUCCAGUCUCGGUCAAAAGAACAACUCAAUUCUUACACAUAAAUGUUUGCCAGAGUGUUUCGGCCGACGCAUUCACAGCUCUGACAAAUCAUCAGACAGCUGCUCUGCAGUACAGAUGUGUAUCCCACCAAACAAACUAACGUAGACAUGUAAACACUUCACUGUUUCAAGCUGCUGGGAUGUAUCGCUAGGAAAACCUUCCAGUGGGUAAAUCUUUUUUCUUUAGAACAAAUAUUGGAGGUUUCAUGUUAGCCAUUUUAAAAGGCAACACUUUGACAAAAUGAUUGUUUAUUCUUUUGAAAUUUGUGGCACGUUCACACUUACUGCUAGAGCAAUUUUAUCACGAAAAGCAGUGGAAUACUUCUUACUUUUUCAUAGGGACAAAGGAUGUGACCAUAAACUCACAUAUGACAUGUGUCCUCAAAUGUUAUCUAUGGAGGAAAUAAAAUGGAAUUGGUGUGACGUUCUAUUUCUGGAAGCUGACAUUUAUUAAACUUUGGCUCAAAGGUAAUGUGAUUCUUACAACUGACUUUUUAAAUUAGCUCUGCCCCAAGUCCAGGACCCAUUAAUUUCCUGAGCCAAUCAGAAAUUUUUCAAUAAUGCUAAAAUGAGCUAUAGCAAUUCUGCUUACCCUACUACUGAAGAAGCUGGAUUCUGACUCAUUGAUGAGCUUUCAAGAAUCAAAUUAUCAUAGAUUUCAUUUUAACAAAAUGAUACUGAUCCAGUUGUUAUCAUUCUUGGGAAAUGUCGGCUCUGCCUUAAUGAGUAUUUGCUUUAAAUUUCUAAGAAUUUAUAACCACAGACCCAACAAUCCUUCACAGAAUUUGUUCCAUGUUUUUCUUAAUUAGGAAGUGUUACCUUAUUAAAAUGACCACCAUUCUAAACCAUUUAAGUGGUCUGGAUAGUGAGUUUACAGUUUCAUACCAACUAUCUAAAAUCUAAUUACAAGCUGACCACAGACCUCUAGCCUCCUACUUUUAUAGACUUGAAUACUUAGGUAAUUUAAAUUAGGGUUGGUAUUUAUUUCAUUUUUUCUUAUCUAAAUCUGUUUCCUGGACUAAUAAAGUUUGAUGUUCAGCAAGAAAACUGCUUGAGUUUAAGCCAUUUUCAAAAGAAACUUGCCUUCUACAUCAUUGUGUUCCAGAACAUUAAGUGACUAUAGGUACUGGGUAUUAGUGAUGGUAAACUUUGUGUUGUUCUUUAUGAAAUAAAUGAUCCAUAUAACUGUUGGGUGCAUCAGUGCUUUUCAAAGGGGCUGCUUACUAUAGGGUUAACUAUGUAUAUUCAUGUUAAGAGUUAACUUGUGGUUUGGCUGUUUCCUGGAUUUUAAAACAUAUACAUGUGCAGAAAUGUAUUCAAAUGAAAGGAAACAUACCUUUAUAAAGAUGCUAUUAAAAUUGAACAGCAAGUAUAUUUCAUUUGGAUUUUUUUUUUUUUUGGUUAAUGCCUAAAAAUGCCUAUUUGGAUUUCUUUUUUUAAUUGGGAGAAGCUCUCGUCUGUGUAGAACAGUUGUUCUGAAAUAGCUUAGUGUUUUGUUUUCCUGUUGCAUGACAGACUUAACUAUUCCUUCCAGCAGUGGAGGUGCUGUCAGAGUCCAGUGUUCUAGAAAAGGCAGUGUCUAAAGCCUAAUUUUACUUUUCUAAUUCUGGUAGCUAUUACCAGGAAUUUUCAAAAGUUUUGUUUAAGUAGUCUAAUAUUUUUUAUGUAAAGAGCAUUAAAUUUUGCUAUGUAUAAAUUUUUGUAACCUAACAGUGAAUCAAUAUUUUCUAUCAGUGCCAAGGGCUUCCUGUAGUUCUAUUCAAGUGUUACAAUAAAUAUUUGUAGAUAAUAGU